AUGGCGCAGGCCGAGCAGGCCUUUUGCGCGGCGGAGAUGACGGCGCCCUCGGCGCCGCCCGGGACGGCGGUGAGCUCCAAGACCGUUUGGACGGAUGGGCAAUUGAGGCAAGCACUCUUGACCGAAGUACAUAAGCACUGUUGCUGGAGUGGGCGUGCUGCCUGGGGCAUGGAGAUCAGGGAAAUGAUCGCUUGCGGUGUUUGGUACCUGAAGCUCACGUCCUUUGUGGAGACGCGGGAAGUCACGAAGCAGUCGAAAGCUUACAAAGGCCAAAAACUCGAUGGACCACAGAAUGGGUCAGCCCCUUCCAUGUGGAACAUUCAAGUGAAACAGAUGAAGAACUUCGAGGAGUCGAAAAAAUACUACACAGUGCCCCACACAGAUGUGGUGGCCAAGUGCGGGAAGUGCACGGGGACAGGCAAGCUGAGCUGCGAACCGUGCAACGGUCAAGGCUGGAGCUGGUGCAAGGACUGCCGCGGAGAGAAGUGGAUGUGGUGUCCGCAAUGCGAUGGCAGAGCCUUCAAAGAUACCAAAGGCAAAGGCAAGGGCCGCCCUGCGUCGGAAACCAUCGACCACUGCGACCAUUGCCGAAGCACUGGCUUCGUGUCCUGCCGGCUUUGUGAGGGCUGGGGCUGGAAGGAUUGCAAGAAGUGUCACCAUGGCACUGUGUCUUGCAAGAAAUGCGAUGGCUAUGGAGAUGUGGUGAACUACCAACAGCUCACCGUGCAGCACAGCAACAUUGUCCUGGAACGAAAGCUCGAUGAGAGCGGGUCCAGUCCCACCAUGAGCGAACUGCGAGAGGCGCAAGGCUCUUCGAAAUUCUUCAAGGCUAAAGUUCUUGAGAAGCUCAGCUAA